CUCUUUCUGCUCAGUUUGCAGAAAUCAAGAAGAAAAAAUGCGAUUUCUAAUUCUACUUCUGCUCUACCUGCUCAACAACCCAUUUGUUGCCGGGAAACAAUCUCAUAUCCCGGAAUAUCGAGUUCUGCUCUCCUUGAAAUCCGCCAUUACAGACGACCCAGGAGCAUCACUCCAGAACUGGAAUGUCUCCACAAGCCAUUGCACAUGGACUGGAGUUUCUUGUGAUGGGUACCGCCGAGUCGUCUCCCUUGACCUCUCCAAUAUGAACCUCUCUGGCACUUUAUCCUCUGAUAUAGGUCACCUUCGCAACCUCGUUAACCUCACCGUCGCUGCCAACGUUCUCUCUGGUCCCGUCCCUUCCGAACUCUCUCACAUUAGCGGUCUCCGACAGUUGAACCUUUCUAACAACAUCUUCAAUGGUAGCUUCCCUUCCCAGCUCUCUCUUCUCAAGUACCUUGAAGUUCUUGAUUUCUAUAACAACAAUAUGACUGGGGAUUUACCCGUUGAGGCGUCGGAGAUGCCGAAUCUCCGCCAUCUCCACCUUGGUGGCAACUUCUUCUCCGGGAGAAUCCCUCCUGAAUACGGCCGAUGGGAGUUUCUUGAGUAUCUGGCGGUUUCAGGCAACGAGCUUGGCGGUAUUAUACCACCGGAGAUCGGGAACUUGACGAAUCUUCAGCAACUCUAUGUUGGAUACUUCAACAACUAUGAAGGAGGUAUUCCGCCUGAGAUGGGGAAUCUCUCCAAUUUGAUUCGAUUGGAUAUGGCUAACUGUAUGUUGUCCGGUGAGAUUCCACCAGAGCUCGCAAAGCUUCAGAAACUGGAUACCUUGUUUCUGCAGGUGAACGGGCUCACUGGAGGGCUUACCCCGGAGCUUGGCAAUCUGAAGAGCUUGAAAUCAAUGGAUCUCUCCAACAAUAUGUUCUCCGGUGAGAUUCCGGAAGCUUUUGCGGAGCUGAAGAAUCUAACGCUGUUGAAUUUGUUCAGGAACAAGUUGCACGGCGCGAUUCCAGAUUUCAUUGGUGAUUUGCCCGAGUUGGAAGUGUUGCAGCUUUGGGAGAAUAAUUUUACUGGAAGUAUUCCUCAGGGACUUGGAAGGAAUGGCAAGCUUCAGCUCCUCGAUUUGUCGUCGAACAAGCUGACGGGGAUUCUCCCUCCGGAUCUCUGUUCUGGAAAUCGGCUUGAGACGCUGAUCUUAUUAGGGAACUUUCUGUUCGGUAACAUUCCUGAAUCGCUGGGGAGAUGCGAAUCAUUAAAUCGGAUUCGAAUGGGGGAGAACUUUCUAAAUGGAACCAUACCGAAGGGACUCUUCGGCCUGCCCCAGCUUGCUCAGGUUGAGUUUCAAAAUAACUUACUUGCAGGUAGCUUUCCAGAGAUUGAUUCAGUGGCUGUGAACCUGGGGCAGAUCAGCCUUUCCAACAACCAGCUCACGGGAUCUCUGCCCCCAUCCAUAGGUAACUUCUCUGGUGUUCAGAAGCUCCUUCUCGAUGGUAAUAUGUUCUCUGGGCGCAUUCCGCCGGAGAUUGGAAAGUUGCAGCAGCUCUCGAAGAUGGAUUUCAGCAACAAUAAGUUCGCCGGCCCAAUAGCACCGGAGAUCAACCAAUGCAAGCUACUGACAUUUGUCGAUCUCAGUCGCAACGAGUUAUCUGGAGAGAUCCCACCUGAGAUCACGAGUAUGCGGAUCUUAAAUUACCUUAAUCUUUCCAGAAAUCAUCUUAUUGGGAGCAUUCCAUCGUCAAUCUCUACAAUGCAGAGCUUGACUUCUGUGGAUUUCUCCUACAACAAUCUCUCUGGUUUGGUUCCAGGCACCGGUCAGUUCAGUUACUUCAACUCAACUUCCUUCGUUGGCAACCCCGGACUUUGUGGCCCGUACUUGGUGCCUUGCAAAUCUGGGGUUGGCAAUGGCGACCAACAAAACCAUGUGAAAGGCCCAUUCUCUGCUUCGAUAAAGCUCAUCCUUGUCAUCGGCCUUCUUGUCUGCUCCAUAGCAUUUGCCGUGGCUGCCAUUAUCAAAGCUCGAUCGCUUAAGAAAGCUAACGAGUCCAGGGCUUGGAAGCUAACUGCUUUCCAGCGGUUGGAUUUCACCUGUGACGAUGUUUUGGAAUCCUUGAAGGAGGAUAACAUCAUAGGAAAGGGUGGUGCUGGGAUUGUCUACAAGGGCAUCAUGCCUAAUGGUGACCAGGUUGCCGUGAAAAGACUUCCGGUGAUGAGCCGAGGAUCGUCUCAUGAUCAUGGAUUCAAUGCAGAGAUACAGACUUUGGGAAGAAUUCGACACCGCCACAUUGUUAGAUUAUUGGGUUUCUGUUCGAACCAUGAAACGAAUCUUUUGGUCUAUGAAUAUAUGCCUAAUGGGAGCUUGGGUGAACUUUUGCAUGGCAAGAAGGGAGGUCACUUGCAAUGGGACACGAGGUAUAAGAUUGCCGUGGAGGCUGCCAAAGGGCUCUGUUACCUACACCAUGACUGUUCUCCAUUGAUCCUUCACCGUGAUGUCAAAUCAAACAAUAUCCUCCUUGAUUCCAACUUCGAAGCUCAUGUUGCGGAUUUUGGCCUUGCCAAGUUUCUACAGGAUUCAGGCACGUCAGAGUGCAUGUCUGCUAUUGCCGGUUCCUAUGGUUACAUCGCUCCAGAGUAUGCUUACACACUGAAGGUCGAUGAGAAGAGUGAUGUGUACAGCUUUGGAGUGGUUCUGUUGGAACUGGUGAGCGGUAGAAAACCAGUGGGUGAAUUUGGGGAUGGGGUAGACAUUGUCCAGUGGGUGAGAAAGAUGACUGAUUCAAACAAGGAAGGAGUUCUAAAGAUCCUGGAUGCUAGACUCUCCUCAGUUCCUCUUCAUGAGGUGAUGCAUGUCUUCUAUGUUGCGAUGCUGUGCGUAGAGGAACAGGCUGUGGAGCGCCCCACAAUGCGAGAAGUGGUUCAAAUCCUAACAGAACUGCCGAAGCUGUCCAACUCAAAGCGGGGAGACUCAAAUGUGAAUGAAUUAUCCCCCCCAACCGCUGUUGCCUCCGCCACAGAGACUCCAAGAACAGCCAUUAAAGAGGCAAAAGAAGUGCAGCAGCAGACAGCAGCACUUCAGUCGCCAUCAACUGAUCUGCUUAGCAUCUGAUAUGGUACAAAAAAGGUUGGAUGGCAGUGGGGGGAAUUGGGAAAGAUCCAGCAUAUUCAAAUUUCUGAGAAUUGGGUUGGGUUUGUCUGUAUGUGUUGUGGGGUCAUGGGGUGGCGUUUUCUCUAACUUUGGUAGUGUUUUCAAGCUUCUUCUUCUUCUUUGCUUGUACAGUGGAUCGAUAAUUAGUGGU